GAAGUAAAGGCGGAAACACGUGCUUGCCGUUGCCAGAUCCCAUUGGUUGCUUCCGGUCCGUUUUGAAAAAGUCGCUGAUUUGAGGCUUUGAGGCGGAGGGAAGAUUCAAAACUAGACAAACAGAAACGGUGAAACCAGCACAGACACCACGCUACGAUGACGAGGCAACUGAAGGGUAAAACCCCCCGCAGGCCUCCUCCAAAAAAACCCUCCAGCAACCAGACGGACCCAGUUGGGGUAUAUUGCCGUGUGCGACCCCUGGGUGCUCAGGAUGAGGAAUGCUGCAUUGAGGUUAUCAGCAGUACCACCAUCCAGAUGCACACCCCGGAGGGCUUCAAAACAAACCGCAAUGGAGAAUACAAAGAGACACAGUACUCCUUCAAAAAAGUCUUUGGAGUUUCAGUGUCACAGAUGGAUCUCUUUGAGCAUGUGGCGAAACCUCUUGUUGAUGACCUCAUCCGUGGAAAAAAUGGUCUGCUUUUCACGUACGGGGUGACAGGAAGUGGAAAGACUUUCACCAUGACAGGCUCUCCAGGCCAGGGUGGACUUCUGCCUCGCUCCCUUGACAUGAUUUUCAACAGUAUAGGUCCUUACCAGGCCAAGAGAUAUGUAUUUAAGACUGAUGAGAAAAACAGUAUUGAGAUUCAGACUGAAGUAGAUGCUUUGUUGGAACGCCAAAGGCGGGACAACAACUUGUCUGUUCCUAAAACGCCCUCCACCAGGCUAAAGGCUGAUCCUGAAAUUGCUGACAUGAUUAAGCCAGAGGAGGCCUCUAAAUCAGAUGGCGUGGAUGACGACAGCAGCUACAGCGUCUUCGUCUCCUACGUAGAAAUCUACAACAACUACAUCUAUGAUCUCCUGGAGGAAACUCAGGAAGAUGCAAUCAAGCCAAAGUGGAAUGGUGGAGGCACACCAGUGCGCCAGAACACUGAGUUGAUACCACCUCAGUCUAAAAUCCUCAGAGAGGAUCAGAAUCACAUCAUGUAUGUGGCUGGUUGUCUGGAGGUUGAAGUCAAAUCUGCCGAGGAGGCUUUUCAAGUGUUCUGGAGAGGUCAAAAAAAGAGGAAGGUUGCGAACACUCGGCUGAAUAGAGAGUCCAGUCGCUCCCACAGUGUGUUCAUUAUUAAACUGGCUCAGGCGCCGCUUGAUGCAGAUGGCGACAACGUUCUCCAGGAUAAGAACCAGAUAAGUGUUAGUCAGCUGUGCCUGGUGGACUUGGCAGGAAGCGAGCGAACUGGCAGGACAGGGGCAGAAGGAACUCGUAUACGUGAAGCAGGUAACAUAAAUCAGUCUUUGCUGAAUCUGAGGACAUGCAUCGAGAUACUUCGAGAAAACCAAAUGUGUGGCACAAACAAGAUGGUCCCCUAUCGAGACUCCAAAAUAACCCACCUCUUUAAAAACUACUUCGAUGGAGAGGGAAAAGUUAGAAUGGUUGUCUGUGUCAAUCCCAAGACUGAUGACUAUGAGGAAACCCUGCUGGUGAUGCGGUUUGCAGAGAUGACCCAAGAGGUGGAAGUGGCCAGGCCAGUGGACAGACCAAUCUGUGGCUUUACUCCAGGCCGUCGUCAUAGAAACCAGGCAUUCAAAGAUGAGCUGUCUCGCAGAUUGGAAGAACGUGGUGGCCCCAUAGAUCCUGACAUGCCUGCUGCUGCAAACAUUCAGAUCCUCAGUCUCCCAUCUCUACCCUCCUGUGAGCUGACUGACCCACAUGAUGACAUUACCCUGCCCAGGCUGAUUGAAGCCCUGAAGAACAGGCAGAGGAUCAAGCAGAUGAUGAUUGAGGAAUCCAGUAAAACAGCCAACAUGAUGAAGUCUGUGCUUCAGGAACUGGAUACCGGCCUAAUUUCCAAAGACAACUUUAUUCAGGAACAAAACGGCAAACUGAUAGAGAAAGACAAAAUCAUCCAAGGCAACAAGGCAGAGAUUGAACGUUUAGAGAAGAAAACAAAGAUGCAAGAACACAAGAUUGACAUCCUGCAGAAAACAACUAAAAUCUUUGAAGAUGACAAGCGCUCGCUGCAGCAUGAGCUGGAAACCAGAGAGCAGAGGCUGCAGAGGGAGCUGUCAGAGAAGAGACGCAUGGAGCAGCGCAUGCAUGGCGUGAUCUCGGACACCCAGUUCAAGUGGGAGAAAGAAUGUGAGAGACGUGUUAAUGCACUGCAGUUUGAGAUGCAAAAUAAGCUGUGGGUGAAAGACGAAAAGCUGAAGCAACUCAAGGCCAUCGUGACAGAGAGCAAGACUCCAGGUCGCCCUGAACCUCCACCCCGUCAGACGCAGCCACAGCCUCUACCACAACCACAGCAUCAGCCCCGUUCUCAGCGACCCUCCAAAGAGGACCGCCUACCACCAAAGAGAUCAGCAUCACCCUCACCUGUCCCUACAACAACACCAGUACGCCCGCGUCACCGUCGUUCCCGCUCUGCUGGUGGGGAGAAGUGGGUGGACCAUAAGCCAACGUCAAGCAUGGACUUGGGCACAGUUUUGCAGCCGGUCAUCCCCAACGCCAUCCAGGUGUCUGCACCCAGCGAGAAGGCUCUGUCCAAGUGUGACAGAUACGUGCUAACGCACCAAGAAGUUGCCUCCGACGGCGAGAUACAGACCAAGCUUAUAAAGGGCGAGGUCAUCAAAACGAGAGGAGGAGGGCAAGCUGUCCAGUUCACUGACAUUGAGACGCUGAAACAGGAGCUCACUACAGUCCCAAGGCGGAAGAGGAAGUCUUCAGAAGGCGUGUCAGCCAGUGGAGAUGGAGCUUUGACUGAUGUGGAGACGAGGUGCUCUGUGGCUGUGGAGAUGAGGGCUGGAUCAAACUUGGGACCUGGAUAUGAGCAUCAUGCAGUCACCAAGCGCAGAAAACCCUAAAAGCUGCUAACAGAUCAACAGUGACCACUCCCCUUUAUCCUCACCUGGCUGUUGUGCAAUAGUCUGACCUCUGUUUUUAUAUUUAGUUCUAGUGAUGAUAUUUAAAUGCUUUCCAUCUUUUUAUAUAAGUAUGCAGAAGAGUAUAUACAUAGGUCACCAAAGCAUUGUGUAAAAUAACUAUCUAUUUACUCAGAUAUAUGCAUCUUUAGUUACUGUGGCUCUAUAGCUAAACAAAAUUCUGUUUGCACAUAUUUUACUCUGCUCACGAGUUAUU